UCUCCCUCUGCCUUAUAAGACGGCACUCGCGUAAGAUCUCGGCAAGAGGAGAGGACAAGAGGUAGGUAGUUUAGUUUGAGAAGCCAAAGGUUGUCUCACUCCCGGAAGACCACAGAACAACUCCUUGGUUACUAGAAAUAGAGGCACUGAGACUGGAUACUGAUAAAGCUGCCAAGGAUCUCAGCAGUCAGGAAUGUGCAGCCUGCAAGCAGACAUUUCAGUACAUAACAGGAAUUGAACAGAUGUAUCAUCAGCAACAGCUCCACGGCCAUAACCAACACCUGUCCUCAAGGCCUGGCUUACCUCCGGAGAAGCAGUUUCUCCUGCAAGGAGGGGAUGCAGGCCUCGUCCUCUCCACCGACGCUAAACCUCGGCUGAAAUGGACACCCGAGCUGCAUGAACGAUUUGUGGAGGCAGUACAACAGCUAGGAGGACCAGACAGUGAGUAUACGAUCAAAACAUAUUAUCCGUCACCAUACAUGUCAGAAUUCAGAAACACAAUGGUGGUGGAUUAUCUUCUAAAGUACGCAUGCAAAAUUCUUGCAGAAGCUACGCCAAAAACAAUCAUGAGGCUCAUGGGGAUCCCUGGACUCACCCUGUACCAUCUGAAGAGCCAUCUCCAGAAAUACAGACUUAGUAAGAAUCUCCAGGCCCAAGCUAAUGCUACCAACGCAAAGAAUGUGUUGGGCUGCAGGACAGGAACAGACAAACCGUGCGAACGGAAUGGAUCGCCAGCUAGUCACUUGAACACAGAGCCCCAGAUAAACAGGUCUAUGCACAUAAGCGAAGCCCUCCAAAUGCAGAUCGAAGUUCAGAGACGGCUGCAUGAGCAACUAGAGGUGCAGAGACACCUGCAGCUCCGGAUCGAAGCGCAGGGCAAGUACCUGCAGUCAGUGCUGGAGAAGGCGCAGGAGGCGCUUGCCAAGCAGAACGUCGAUCUCGACGCCGGCGUCCUCGGCGCAGCCGCCGCCGCCGAGACGCAGCAGCUGUCGGAGCUCAUCUCGAGGGCCUCGGCGACCAAGUGCGCCCAGCACGAGCACUUCCACCACCAGCACCUUGGCGGCGUCGGAGACGGGUCGGUGGACAGCUGCCUGACCGCGUGCGAAGGCUCCCAGAGGGACCAUGACAUGCUGUCCAUCGGCCUGUCGCCUGCUCCGACUCCGAGAGGCGGCGGCUACCCUUUUGAGGCGGCGAGGUCAUCAGGCAACGAGAGAGGAGGGGCGAGCACGAGCUGCUGCGAGGAGUUCCUGUUUCUCGAGGAGUCUGGCACUGGCAGGAGAGGUUCCACAGAUGAGCAGCAAGAGCUGGAUCUGAACAUCAACGACAGGAACACUCGAAGGCCUCGCAACUGCGAAAAGAUUGACCUGAAUGGAUCGAGCUGGAACUGAUGAUCAUUUAGCCAUUUAGGAAGGAGUUGAGGCGUCAGGCAAUGCCAGGCUUCUUCCUAUACGGAUAUGGGUGAUCAAAGCGAAAUGCACUAUGCACUUUCAUGUCCUCGAGCGAGUCGUUCGUAGUAAGAUGCGGGUAGAGCUACUAGCAUGGACAACCUGCGUGUUGUCGGCCACGCGUCAUGGAUUCAUGGUGCAGCAAAUAAGCAGCGACUGAACUGAAGAUAAAUUUCUCUUCCGAUGAGGGCAUGCAUGUGAGAAGAACCCAGAUGUUCUCCUCUGCCAUCUGAUUGACUGUAACUCUGUAGAUCGAUUGUAUGAUAUAUAUGCUAGUACAUUUGUUUCUGUCGCA